UAUGUAUAUGAAUCUGUUCGACCGAGGGAGAGGAGAGAGAGCCGCCAGGGUAGACGUCUGAAGAAGAAGCAGAAGACGGCUGAGGAGAAAUUGCACAGAAGAGGACAUUUUGAGGGAUUCACAGUCUGAUUUUGAGGCUAGGGUUUUGAUUGAUUGAGAACAUAGGGAAAGUUCCUUCAAGUGUUCAGUCAGGGUUCCAAAAAGGGAAAGAAGAGUCGGUUGUUAUUGCUCACGGUUAGGCCAUGGCUCAAGAUGCAGGUAUGUUUAUGGUUCCACAAACUGUUGGUAGCGUCUUGUGCUGCAACUGCGGUGUUCCAAUGGCACCAAAUGCUGCCAAUAUGUGUGUGAGUUGUUUGCGCUCUGAAGUUGACAUCACGGAAGGUUUGCAGAAGCAUGUUAUCAUUUUGCACUGCCCUGAAUGUGACAGCUACUUGCAGCCGCCUAGAACUUGGAUUAAAGCUCAACUAGAGUCAAAGGAUCUAUUGACAUUCUGCAUAAAGAAACUGAAGAACUUGAAUAAAGUUAGGCUGGUACAUGCAGAAUUUGUUUGGACGGAGCCUCACUCCAAGAGAAUCAAAGUGAAGCUGAAAGUUCAGAAAGAGGUUCUGAAUGGAGCAAUUCUUGAACAGUCUUAUGUUGUUGAGUAUGUUGUACAAGAUCACAUGUGUGAAUCUUGCUCCAGAGUGCAGGCCAACCCUGACCAGUGGGUGGCAGCAGUGCAGCUCCGGCAGCAUGUGGCCCACAGACGAACAUUUUUUUAUCUGGAACAACUGAUUUUGAAGCAUGAUGCUGCUGCCCGUGCCAUUAGAAUCAAGCAGAUGGAUCAAGGAAUUGACUUUUUCUUUUCUAAUAGGAGUCACGCAGUUAAAUUUGUAGAAUUUCUCACUAAAGUUGUUCCUGUGAGGAGCCGUCAUGACAAGCAGCUUGUUUCCCAUGAUCCGAAGAGCAAUAACUAUAAUUAUAAGUACACAUUUUCUGCUGAAAUCUGUCCCAUAUGUCGCGAGGAUUUAAUCUGCUUGCCUCAAAAGGUAGCUCACAGUCUUGGGAAUAUUGGUCCUCUUGUAAUCUGUACAAAAAUCUCAAACAGCAUUGCUUUGCUGGAUCCAUUGUCCCUGAGGUACUGUUUCUUGGAUGCUGAUCAGUAUUGGAGGACAUCCUUUAGGUCUCUACUCUCUAGCAGGCAACUUGUGAAGUACAUUGUAUUUGAUGUGGAGCUUCCUUUUGGUGAAGUUAAUGUUGGUGGUUCUAAGUAUGCUUUGUCCUAUGUCCAAGUAGCACGUGAAUCUGAUGUUGGUAGAAUUUUCUAUAUUAGAACACAUCUAGGCCACAUAUUGAAACCUGGGGAUCAGGCGCUUGGUUAUGACCUUUAUGGGGCUAACAGUAAUGACAUUGAACUGGACAAGUACGGAAACAACUUUGCUCUUCCAGAGGCAAUUUUAAUAAAGAAGAGUUAUGAAGAGCAGCGCCAGAGGAAGUCCAGUAAAUCUCGUGCUUGGAAGCUCAAGUCCCUAAACAUGGAAGUUGAUGACUCGAGAGGUAGAACUGACCAAAACAAGAUGAAUGUGGAAUAUGAAGAGUUCUUGAGAGAUCUGGAGGAGAACCCUGAACUGAGGUUCAACAUAUCACUGUACCGCAACAGGGGUUACCAGCCAUCGGAAACAACAUCCAUGACUGAUGGCGAGGGUGUGCCUUCUGUUCCUAUCGAGGAGCUGCUUGCUGAUCUUGAUUUAAGCGAUGAUGUAUAUCGGAGUGAUGAUGACAUGAAUGAGUGAGCCUAAGUUGACAGUUUCAGCUUUGCCCUUGUUUUAUAGCUGCUUUACCUUGUUUUGAGUUUUAGUUGGUUUUUUGUUAGCAAAUUGCUUCUGUGUUUGUGAUGGUAAUAUACGGAUUGCUUGGUGGUUGGCUGGUAGCUCCUUAUUCAAUACCAGCUAUAUCAAUCAGUUUCGUGAUUCCUUGUAUCUACAAAUUGAUACACUUGAUUAUUCUCUACACUACUGGGUUUAUACCGGUCUUGCAUCUGUUCAAGGUGUUCUCUUGGUCCGGUGAAUAAGCUCAGUUCUGGUGUUUUAAGAGUAAUGGUGUGCAUUUUGUUAAGAUAUUUGUAAUGCAGUUUUUUUCUUCUUCUUUUCUGCCA